UUGAUCCAAAUGGUAGAAGCAUGGAAAAGCCAAGAACCAAGGAGGAUGUAACUGAUAGAACCAAACCUUGGCAGUUGUCUGAAAUUGUGGAUGCUGUCCAGUUCUGAUUAGUUACCAUGCCUGAAGGCACAGGUUCUUCCAGCAAGGUUGUUCGACUUCUAUAUGCAAAUUCUGGCAUUUGGGUCAGAUGGUGUUCAGAAGCUGUGGAAAUGGGCAGGGAACGAACAAAAUCCAAAUGGAAAGGCCACUGCUAAUAUUGUUCCUCAACACUGGCAACCAAACAGUGGUCUUCUUAUGGCUAAUGAUGUCUCAGGUGUCAUCCUUGAAGAAUCAGUACCAUGUAUAGUACUAUCAAAAAAUGACUCGUGAUGUCAGCCUGUGGUGAAAAGGUUUCAUUAUUUAAUAUGAUGACAUUCAAGGUAAUGGCAACAUUUAUGCCAGCAUCCCCUGCUUCUACCUUCCUAGCAUUUCAUCCUCAAGACAAUAACACACAUCAUAGCUAUUGGAAUGGAGGAUUCAACUAUACACAUAUAAUGUUAGAGUUGAUAAGGUAAAAUCAAAACUGAAGGGACACCAGAAGCGAAUAACUGGUUUAGCUGUCUCAAUGAAUCUUAAUAUCCUGGUUUCGUCGGGGGCUGAUGCUCAAGGACACCAGAAGCGAAUAACUGGUUUAGCUGUCUCAAUGAAUCUUAAUAUCCUGGUUUCGUCGGGGGCUGAUGCUCAACCUUGUUCAAUGGGAUUUGCAACUGGUGGAAAAACAUUCUUAAUGUGUGGUCGGUUUUGCUUUUUGCCAUGGUCAUGGAAUCUUGCAUGGGACGCACUAAGGAGAACCUUAACAAACAAGCACCGGAACAUUCUCCAUAAACACACUGUAGAAGUCUCUUGUGAGUUGUGAUAGCCUCUGAUACUCCAAACUCCAGAGAGCCUUCUAUGUCUCCCUUCACACUCAUGAUGCUAACUAAAAGGCGAUCCAUUCUCCUGCUCUUGGCUUUUCUGUUAGUGCAGCCAUGCAUACUUCACUUGUCCCACUCCUCCAACAACUUUACAGAUCAAUCAGCUCUCAUUGCCUUCAAAUCUGAAAUCAGUUCUCAUCCAAAUGAUACUAUCUUCUCUGCCAGUAACUGGUCCACAACAGCAAACUUCUGUGAGUGGUUUGGGGUCUCUUGCAGCCGACGCAGACAAAGAGUCACAGCCUUGAACCUUUCCUAUGUGGAUCUACACGGCACCAUUUCCCCUCAUAUUGGCAACCUCUCCUUCCUAGUCUCACUUGAUCUUGGAAACAACAGCUUCUCUGGUUCUCUGCCGCAUGAGAUUGGUAAUCUACACCGCUUGAGGGAACUUCGGUUGUCAAACAACCUAUUGGAAGGAAAUAACCUCUCAGGAACCCUCCCAGUGGAUCUUUGUAGCCAUUGUCCUAAUCUUCAAGGACUGUAUAUUUCCGACAACAAAUUCAGCGUGGAUUGGAGAAUGAUAUCAUAUCAAGAGCUUUGUCGUGGGACAAACAACUUUUGUGAAAGCAACUUGCUUGGAAUUGGAGGGUUUGGUACUGUGUACAAAGGGAUACUGUCUGAUGGGACUACUGUUGCUAUAAAAGUUCUAAACCUGCAUUUGGAGGAUGCUUUUAAAAGUUUUGAUGCUGAAUGCAAGGUGUUAAGGGCAUUACGACAUAGGAAUCUGGUUAAAGUCAUUAGUGUAUGCUCCAGUCCCCAGUUUAAAGCUUUGGUGUUGCAGUACAUGUCAAAUUAUAGCCUUGAAAAGUGGAUAUACUCUCACAACUACUGCUUGAAUCUUGUUCAAAGAGUAGGCAUUAUGGUUGAUAUUGCAUCGGCAUUAGAUUAUCUCCAUAAUGGUCAAUUAGAAUCCGUGGUGCAUUGUGAUUUGAAGCCUAGCAAUAUUCUUUUGGAUGAGGACAUGGUUGCACAUGUUGGAGACUUUGGCAUUGCAAAGAUUUUAGCUGAAAACAAGGAUGCAACCCAAACCAGAACCAUUGGUACAAUUGGCUACAUCGCACCAGAGUAUGGUUCUGAAGGGAGAGUAUCCACCAAAUGUGACAUUUAUAGCUAUGGGAUAAUAUUGUUGGAGAUGAUCACAAGAAAAAAACCUACCGAUGAAAUGUUUGUUGGAGAUCUAGGUAUGAGGCAAUGGAUUGCUUCACUUCCUGACAGAAUGGAAGUUGUGGACGAUGGUUUGCUUAGUAUAGAAGCUGGAAGAGAUGUAACUGUCAUGCAAACUAUCCUUUCAUCUAUCUUGGAAUUAGGCUUGAGGUGUUCUGAAGAAUUACCAGAUGAAAGACCUGAAAUCAAGGACGUGGUGGCCAAGGUUAACAAAAUCAAAUUGGCACUACUUGGAAACAGAAAUAGGGGUGUCUGAUAUUUACGCUAUUGCUCAAGUUUUUUUUUUAAGUUGUAAUUUUGUUACCCUAGUUUGAUAUGAGGAGGAGAUGAAGUCUGCAGCAGAUUUCGUGGAACCCGCCAAGCUUUACACAGCCAAACCCCAUGGCUCUCUCUUUUGAUUUUCCUUUGAUGCGUGCACUGUUGAGAUUGUUUGUGACUUUGUAUUUCUGGAAUGGGGUUUUGAUUUAGCUUUCAACAUGGGUUUGGAAAUGAGACAAAUAGUGAUUUUGAUGCUAAACCCAUGGUCUUUUGGGUCAAUAUUCAACUGGAAAGACAACUUUUAUAAAACAUUUGCUAAAAAUGAACUACCCAAGUGCUCACAUUGGACCAGAGCCUACAACAGAUAGAUUUGUUGUUGUUAUGAAUUUUUGGUCAUGGAAUCUUGCACGAAUAAUUUCCUCUGAAACGAUUUGUUGCCAUAUAGAAUUUUUGGUCAUGGAAUCUUGCACGGAUAAUUUCCUCUGAAACGAUUUGUUGCCAUAUAGAAUUUUUGGUCAUGGAAUCUUGCACAGGUAAUUUCCUCUGAAACCUUUUGUUGCCAUAUAGGCAAAUUCCUCUCAUUUGCUCUCACAGUGUUUCUUACUAGUUAGUUCUAUACAACUUAUAACCGUUUUAUCUUCCUUUGUUUGUUUUUGUCUUCUCUAUUUUCUUCUUGUGUUUCUUAAUAUGCUGUGUGAUUCCAUGGUAGUUGGCAUGGUCAUCUGUGGGUCCUUGUGAACGUUUUUUAGUUUUAAUUGACCAUACUUGACAAGUAUCCUUUAGUAUAUAUAUAAAAAGAUUACAAUAUGAAAAUAAUACUUGAACUAAAUGGGUGAUCUAGUCAUCUUUGGUUCCCUGCGAACAUUGUUUAGUUAGUUAGAUGAUUUCUUAAGCAUUAGCCGAUAGGAUUUAGACACUUGUCAACCAUCUAGAGGCUACCAAUGCCAAACAACUAGUAUAAGUAGUAGAAUGUAAACUCUUUGUAAAUCAGUUUUGGUAAUUGAAUGAAUUGUUAGCCUUUGUGUGUUAUUUGGAACUAAGUGUUCUUGCAGAGGUACUUAUCCACCUAUCAAUGUGUUCUAAGUAACUCAGCCCUUUCAUUGCUUCUAAACCAUACACAAAUAGCCCAUCACAUUCCCUACAUCAAGAACGAACAAAAACACUUGGGACUUUUGGUGAUCUGUUAUCUGAGCAAUUUGUUUGACAUGGUGGCAUACCCUUGCCAAUAUUUUCUGAGUGGUGGCUAGCCAAAGAAAAGUUCUCUUUCAUUGAUUCUCUCUUCAUUUCCUGGUGCAACAGUCCAAGGAUGCAAUGGAUUGAGUGUCAAAUAUCAGAGCAUUGGUUACUUCCUCUAAACACUUGGCCUUGAACUGUUGCCUUCUCACAAAUUGACUCCUGUCACAGUUAAAGAGUGGUGGAGAAGUAUUAAAAUUCUCUAGUGUGGUACUUCUUGUUUUUUAGAACCUCUCUUGAGACCCUCCUCAGAAACUGUUGCUCUUGAUCCUGCUGAAGACAUAGAUGUGAAAACAGAAAGAAAUAUGGUACUUUCAGGCUAAAUUGAUAAUGCCAUAAUCUACUUGCGUAAUCUUCAGAAGGUACAAAAAUUACUGGUUCUUAAGGUGUAAUUUUGUAAUGCCAAUACUACAACCUUUCAUGAUUCUAUUAUACCACUUUUCGGUGUAUCCUGGAGGAAUGCAUCACUGCACUAAGGUCGCGGUACAAUUACUGACUUUCUCAGUUCAAGCAGGAGAAUGUUUUGGAUUUUUAGGAACAAAUGGAGCUGGGCAAACCACAACACUUUCAAGGCUGUCUGGAGAAGAAUCCCCAACUGAUGGAACUGCUUUUAUUUUUGGCAAAGAUAUAUAUGUUCCAAUCCCAGGGCUGCUUGUUGGCAUGUAUAUAUUGAUUUAUUUCAUUCCUUUUCCUUUCUUUCUUUUUCCCCCCCUUGAAUUUAGACUCACUAUUUGUAAUAUACCAGUGGAACCUAGCUAACUUGUUUUCUUUUAUUAUUUAAUUUCAGAUUGGGUAUUGCCCCUAAUUUGAUGCUCUAUUAGAAUUUUUGACUGUUUAAGAGCAUCUUGAGCUUUAUGCAAGAAUAAAAGGACUUCCAGAGUACAUGAUAGAUGAUGUAUGUAUUUUAGGUCAAACCUUAUAGUUCAUUUUACUCAUUAAGCUGGUGGUUAAAUCAGAAUCUGGUCUGCUCUUUGUAUCCACAACCAACUUAGAAUUUCUUCAUGUUUGAUUCGCUGGGAUUUGAUUGUGCAUCAAUGAAAUGUUUUUGUUCUGGGCUCUUUUUCCUCAGUUUCA